AUGUCAAAUAAUAUGGAUGAGGAGAUUAAAACUUUGAAGAAUGAGUUAUUUGAUUAUGAGAAAUUCAAUGUCGAUAAACAUGACAGACUUAUUUCACUUCUUAGUCUCAAUAGAAGACAAAAUAUUCAAUCUAUAAUAGCGGCUAGAAAGAUUAAGAAGUUAUAUUUCAUUCUUUCACCUCGAGAAUACUCAGAUUGGCUCGAAGAUAUAAAUUUGAUUGAUGAUUACUGGGUCAAAAUAGAUCAACUUAAGGAGUUUUAUUUCCAAGUGUUAAAUGAUCAUCCUGUGGUUACGUAUUGGCUGGGGUUCUUAAAGUUCAUUAUAAGUGAUUCCAAUGCUGGUGUUGAAGUUCCACCUCAAUUGGCGCAAGCAUUAAAGGUGUGUUCCUUUGAUUACAAAGAUAGUCAUAUAAUAUGGGAUAUUGCCCUUGAAUAUUAUAUUAAUAACUUGGAAGAAGAAUCAUCCCCAGAGAAAUUUGAUAUGAUUUUAAAGUUACAAUUGAAAAGAUUAACUUAUCCACAUGCAGAGUUGGACAAAUCAUUUGCAUCAUUUUCAGCCUUUAUUUCAAAGUAUGAUCUUAACAAUUAUGGUGAACAUAUGGUGGCUGCCAAUAAAAUCUUCUCCGAAACCAAGAAACAACUACCAUAUUACGAUAAAUUUGAACUUCAUCUUUCCCAACAUCCUGUGUCCAGCCAUGGUUGGAUCACUUAUUUGGAAAGUAUUGCAAAGUACUCCAGAGAUGGAGAUAUUAGGUCCGUGUUAGCCUUAUUUGAAAGAGUCAUAUCACUGGUUAAAGAAAGUACAAAAAAACUGUGGAUGGGAUUCUGGUACCAAUGCUUAUAUAUUUUGUAUGAAAAGAAUACUGAAGAUAAUUCAAUGAUUGAACAAUUUCUCAUAAAAUUUAUAAAAGCGUUUCCAAAUGAUCCACGAACUUAUGCUGAACAUAUUCGAUUAACUGAAAGUCAAGAAGUUCUUUCUAGAAUGGAUGCCCUUGAUCUUAUUAAUAAGGCAGAUUACAAUCAUUGGAAAGUUGCCGGAGAAGCAAUCUUAUCGCAAGAGUUUAGAGCAGCAAAAGAUGCAGAUGAAAACAAAAUCACACUUCUUUACAUGGACUUAAUGAAAUUUUGUCAACAUGCCAUUUAUUCCAAUAACGAUAAAUCCCACUCUAUUGAAAAGUUAAGUAUAGAAAUAUUCUUAGAAUUAGGUGAUUAUGAAAACGCUGAGAAUUGGCUUGAACAAAUGUUAGAAAAAUUUGGUGAUCAACAUGAAGUAUGGUUAUAUGCCUAUGAAUUUUAUAAGAAGAAUAAGAAAGUUGAUAAUGACUUUAUAUCUACCUUAUUCAGUAGGGCAGUGACUUUUGCCAAAUCUCAAGAUUUCCUUGAAGCAAUUAGCAAUGAAUGGCUUAUUUUUGAACUGGUUCAUAACGGCAAAAUUAGUUAUACUAGUGCUAUGAUUGAGAUUAACAAGCAAAGAAAUAUAAUACGAAAGAAAGAUCUUGAAGCUAGCGUCGCAGAAGAGAAAUCUACUAAGGAGAAACCUGUUAUCGAGCCAAAACUAGUAGUUAGUGAAACGAAGAAGAGAAAGCUUGAAGAGAAAGAAAAACAAGUUGAUCUGGAUGAUAAUGAAAUUAAAAGAUCGAGAGAAAAUUUUAGUGUUAAAGUCACUAACUUAACUGAUCAUGUUCAAGAAAAAGAUUUAACAGCAAUUUUUGAAGAUUGUGGAGAUAUUAAUGAAAUCCAAAUUGUUCAUAAUAAUCAUCAACCAUAUGCAAUUAUUGAGUUUGUUAAUGAAAGAGGUGUAUUGGCAGCUUUAUCCAAGAAUUUAAAGAAACUUCACGAUCAAACUAUUUCUGUUGUAAGACAAGAAGAAGCCACUAUAUUUGUUAGUAAUUUCCCCCCUACUUACAGUAAAGAUCAAAUAUUAACAAUCUUUCAAGGUGUUGGUCAUGUAAUAAAUAUCAGAUUCCCUAGUCAAAUUCCACAAAAGACAAAAAGAUUUUGUUUUAUUCAAUAUGACAGUUCAGAAUCUGCUAAAAAGGCAGUUCUAUCUUACAAUAAUAUAGUUGUAAAGGAUAAAAGUAAAAGAGAUUAUAGUAUAAAAGUUGUCAUUUCAAAUCCAGAAAAGAAACUGACUUCUAAUUCUAAUUUGAAUCGAGAUGCCCCUAUGGGUGAUAGAAAGAUCAGGGUUCAAAAUAUACCAACAUCAUGUACUGAAAAUGAACUUGGAAACUUUUUAGGUCAAUAUGGAGAAGUUGAAUCUAUUGUAUUUCCUCGAAGUAAUAGAAGAAGGGAUGGGUCCAAUAAUGAUGGAUUAGCAGUAGUAUUAUUCAAGAGCUUGGAUACUCUUAAUAGAGUUUGUGAAAUUCCAUCUCUUUUAUAUCAAGGUCACCAUCUCGUUAUCACCAGGGUAAAACCACUAGAUGAAGUAUAUGAUUAUGAUGACCAAGCUUCAAUAGGGGUAUUCAAUUUAGAUAGAACUAUAUCAGGUCCACAAUUGAAGGCAUUUUUGCAAGACAAUGUUGGUAGUGUUAAAAGGGUUUCAAUCUUUCCAGAAAUUGGUGCCGCUUUAGCUGAGUUUUACAAUGUGGCUGAUGCUGGGAGAGCAAACAUGAUUUUAACAAAUGCCAGAAUUGGGGAUAACCAUAUCACAAUCACUACAAAACACGAAGUGGUGAAUUCUCGUAAUCGUGUGAAACAAGGUCCUUAUAAUAAUUAUAGACCUUCUCCUUCUCGUUAUGAUAGUUUUGUACCUGCUUCAGUAGCUCGUAGAAGAAGAUGA